AUGAAGUUAAGCAUUGUUUGCCUACUGUUUGCCAUGAUUAUAGACUAUGUUUCCUCCGAUAUUGUUACUACAAUCUGUGACAAAACUAUACCUCCAAAUACGUUGGAAACUACACCUUACUCAUCUUCAACAACCAAUAUAGUAGCCAAUGGUAAAAAAAUGAUAGGUGUGUUCCAGUAUUAUAGAUCAAUCAAAUAUAUUAGCGACUGUGAAGAAAAAGAAGAUGUUGUUGACACUAAGAUAAUACACGGAUUUUAG